AUGUCUCAAUCAACAAUGAAGUUUGCCUCUCCAUUACAUUCAUUCCUUGACGUUUCAUUCUUUCAGGAACUCGCUCGUUUGAAAUUAGAUGUGCUGAAGCUACAAUCACAGGAAGUACCCCUAUGGGCGUCUUUAGACCUGAAACAUAUCCCAAAAGCAAUAAAUAGUGCACCCAUUACGAUCGAUAAGCAAAGUUUUGAUACAGACAACGUAUUGCCUAAACUAAAUAAUGAACAACUGCGAAUUGAAGGUACUAUUACAAAUUUUAACACCUUCGAACAAUUCAAAGAAUUGGAUAAACAAAACUUUCUAGAGGAGAAAGCAAGAAAGUUACAAAAUAAGGAUAUCAAUAAAGUUGUAGAAUUUCACAUUAUUAGUUUUGCAGAUUUGAAAAAGUACAAGUUCUUUUAUUGGGUUUGCAUACCAUGUUUUGAACCUAAAAAUUUACAAAUUACAGUUGGUGGUCCAGCUAAGAUUACAGACUACACUAAAUUUCAAGAAUGGUUCGCUCUUCAUCCAACGCAGUGGGUAUGCUUAUUUAAUGGUGAAAAGGACGAACUUAAUGAGUAUAGUGUUGCUUCAGCAAAAAGUGCCAAAACACUGAUCGUGAGAGAUAGUAGUAAUAUUAUGGGCACACCUUCUGCACUGGCGAAAAAUUUCCUUUCAAAAUUUGUGGAAGAUAGAGGUAUUGAUGAACGAGACAUCAAUGUCAAUGUCUUAUUUAUACGAUGUAAUUCCACCAGUUUUGGCGUUAAAGUAACAUUAUCACACGAUGACAAAAAGGAUACAUCAUUGAAAGCGAAUGGCUGGGAAAAAAAUUUGCAGGGGAAGUUAAUCCCUAAAGUUAUUGAUCUAAGUGAUCUGAUAGAUCCGUUGAAGGUCGUUGAUCAAGCUGUGGAUUUAAAUCUAAAACUAAUGAAAUGGAGAUUAGUCCCUGAUAUAAACCUAGAUAUUAUUAAAGAAUCGAAAGUGUUGUUGUUGGGCUCAGGUACCUUAGGUUGCUAUGUCGCUAGAACUUUAAUGGCUUGGGGGGUCAGAAAAAUUACACUUGUUGAUAAUGGUACAGUUUCAUACUCCAACCCUGUUAGACAACCCUUGUUCGAAUAUAAUGAUUAUGGAAAACCGAAGAGUGAAGCUGCUGCUGCUGCGUUGAAGAGAAUAUUUCCCUUAAUGGAUGUCUCUGGGGUUCAAUUAAACGUUUCCAUGAUUGGACAUCCAAUUGCCAAUGAAGAGAGAGAGGAAUUAGAAUACGAGAAACUGAAAGAACUAAUCAGAACUCAUGACGCGAUAUUUCUUUUGAUGGAUUCAAGAGAAACGAGGUGGUUUCCUACGGUAAUGGGUAACGUUGAAGGUAAGAUUGUUAUAAACGCGGCCUUAGGCUUUGACAGUUACCUAGUGAUGAGACAUGGAAAUUAUAGUGGGAACAAUGAAGAAGAGCGUCUUGGUUGUUAUUUUUGUAAUGAUGUCAUGGUUCCUACGGACAGUCUGACUGACAGAACUUUAGAUGAAAUGUGUACAGUUACCAGACCGGGAGUUGCGUUGAUGGCUGCAUCACAAGCAGUAGAACUAUUUGUUUCCAUCCUACAACAUAAAAGUAAGAACGACGCCGGCAUUCAUGAAACGUCGAUUUUAGGUGAAUUACCACAUCAAGUACGUGGGUUUUUGAAUAAUUUUACAACCUUAAAAUUAAAGAUGCCAGCAUAUAAGCAUUGUUCAGCAUGUAGCCCUGCUAUUAUUGAGGCUUGUAAGGAAAAUGGUUGGAGUUUUUUAAAGGAAGCGUUAAACAAUGCUGAUUACAUUGAACAACUCUCUGGACUUGAGGAUAUUAAAAAAGAAAUUGAGAACAUAGAUGAUGGGGUAUUUGAAUGGAUGGAUGAAGAUGAAGGAGAGGAACUUAUUCAAUGA